AUGGAUUCAGAAGGCCCGUCUCUGGCAGACCAGCUCGAAGAGUUGAGGGCAUUACCUGACAUUCCUGAUGCCUUCCGGCUGUGUUUGUUUACUCUUGAGAUCAUUGUGUCGGUAUUGUCAUUAUGGGUACUGUACCUUCUGACAGUGGUGCUUAUACGAUGUAAAGGCUUACAUUACAAUCUACGAAUAGUGUUUGUACACAUGAUUAUCAUACAAUGUGUCGAAAGAGUCGUGCGUAUUGUACGAGUAUCUGACAUCACGUUACAUUGGAUGCCUACAUACGAAGGUCAGAUGGUCGAAGACAUACGACGAUGGCUGUGGUGGUACUGUAACUUGGCCUAUGUUUUUGUGAUAUUCGAAAGAGUUAUCGCAACAUUAAACUUUAGUGAAUACGAAUAUUGGGGCGUUUCGGCCGCUUAUUACGUCUUGCUAGCAUCAGUAAGUCGUAUUUUGAGUUUGUGACAUUUUUUUUAGUAUAUCAGCGGUGGUGCCUUCUACUAUGUCAGCCAGUUUGUUUGUAAGUUUUAAUUUUAGAAUUGCUAGCUCAUACUUUCAGUACUUAAUAUCUCUUAUCAAGUUUUAAGUUUAAUAAAAGUAAAGUGUUAUCUUUUAGCUGACAACUUCACUCAACUCUUGAUGAAAGUGAUAUGUGUUAUGUUGCCAUGGUUUGUAAGUCAAUGUGAUUCGUAUAUUACUUUUAUAUAGGCUUUGCACGUCUGUGAGCGAAUCAACGGUGAUUUGUCCUCAAACAACUUUGACUUGUCGUUGAGUGCCAGAUUUCAAAUCAAUGAGAACAUGUCGACCUGCUUCUCGAUAAAGGCUUGGAUAUACGUUAGUGCUGUCAUGAAUGUCUGUAUAUCAAGUAUCAUGUGCAUAAUAUGGUAUUACAUCACUCCCAACCACCUACUGUACGGAUUACAUGUCAUAUCCAAUCUGUUUGACUUGGUCAUAGCUAUAUACGUAUUCAUCUUCCCGGUGGUCAUAAUGUACUCAAAUGCCUCGAUGCUCAACAUUCUAAGGUAACUUUCGUUUUGUUUAUUAAACAAAAUAUACAGGAUGUCGUAUCUAUUAUAUUAAUUAGUUUUUACAGAAGAAUGUUUCGGAGGAAAGACAAGAACAAGUUGUUCCACAAGAAGAAUACAGUAUCCAUCUCACCCAUGCCCUUCUAUCCGCCCACUACUGACGAUUACUUCAAGGUGCUCAACGAUCGUUGGAAUCUGUUGUCGAAUCCCCAGCCUCAUCGGAAGUGGUUUAACUUCAAAACAACUCCCAAAUGGAUAAGAAUAUUGUAG